AUGCCGGAAUUCGGCAGAAAGCGCAAGUUCCAGGACGACCACAACCACCGCCCCAGGAAACCAUCUCGAGAAACGCUGAAACAACCAAGACAAUCCAGCCUUGAGACGUCCAUCAAUAAUGGACUUCCUCCUUUGCCUCAGAUCCAUGACAAAUAUCGAGCCAUUGUCUUCACACACCCUAGCCAUGCGCCCGGCAAUGUCCAUGCGAGCUACGACAGACUUGAAUUCCUAGGGGACGCCUACCUGGAACUCUUUGCUACCCAGUUGAUCUUCGACCGAUUCCCAAAUCUAGAUCCAGGGAAGAUGUCUCAGAUUCGAGAGUCUCUAGUCCGAAACGAGACUCUCGGCCAGUAUGCCAGCCUCUACGGACUUGAUAAGCAAAUACAAAGCUACAAGCAAUUCCAAAAUCAGGCGACACAUGCAUGGCUCAAGAUCAAAGGAGACGUUUUUGAGGCUUAUGUCGCUGCCGUGAUUUUGACUGAUGCGGACGAGGGAAAGUUGGCUAAGAAAUGGCUUCAACAGUUGUGGGAACCUAAAUUGCAGGUAGCACUCGCUGCCAACGACGGCGUAUCCAAGAAAAGUAAAGAGGAGCUAGCCAAAAAGAUCCUCACAAAGGGUGUGAAGAUCAAUUAUGUCGACGAAAGGGAACCCGUUGUUCACUACGGCCAGGGCAAAGAGACAUACUUUAUUGGAGUAUACGUGACUGGUUGGGGAUGGGAUAACCAGUACCUUGGCAGUGGAAAGGGACCCAGCAGGGUUGAGGCUGGACAAGCAGCUGCAGCAGCCGCACUCGACAAUCACCCUCUCAUUGACGAGAUGGCAGCCAAAAAGACGGAGUCUCACGUCCAGAAGGAUAGGGAAAGGGAAACUGUCAAGACGGAUGAGACGUAA